GGCCAGGCUUCCCUCGGGGCGGGGCCGAGAGGGGCGGGGCCGAGCAGGGCGGGGCGGGGGCUUGAGGUGAAUCCCCUGCCGCGGCGGCGGCUCGGGCCGUGCGGGGAAACCGAAAGUGGGCGGUGGCCGUGGCUGUGGCCCUGGCGAAGACGGAGGCUGGAGCUGGGCCCAGUGGCGCGGGGACUGGCCGGGGGCCCCUGGAACGAGGUGAAGAUGCUGGAAGCAGAUCUGGUUUCAAAGAUGCUACGAGCUGUUCUGCAGUCUCAUAAGAAUGGAAUAGCACUAACCCGGCUCCAAGGAGAGUACAAAUCCUUGACUGGAGACUGGAUCCCCUUCAAGCAGUUAGGGUACCCUUCCCUGGAAUCCUAUCUGAGAAGUGUGCCAGCAGUUGUCAGGAUAGAAACUAGUAGAUCUGGAGAGAUUACCUGCUAUGCUGUGGCCUGCACAGAAACUGCAAGAAUUGCACAGCUUGUGGCUCGUCAGAGGAGUUCUAAAAGAAAAACUGGAAGGCAAGUUAAUUGUCAGAUGAGAGUAAAGAAAACCAUGCCAUUUUUUCUAGAAGGAAAACCGAAGGCAACCCUCAGACAACCAGGAUUUUCUUCAGAUUUUUCUAUCAAAAAACCUAACCCAACACUGUUAAGAGACAAAGGAAAUGCUUUUGGAGUUAAAUAUGAUGCUGAAAUGCCACCCUAUAUAUUACAUACAACUAUUGGGAGGGAAGUAUUCAAAGAUGUUCCAGUGCAGAGGCAUAUGGCCAUGCCUGCCAGCAACAGGUUUAGUCCAAAGGCAUCUCUUCCACCACCCUUCCAGAUGCACCCUUCAAGAACCUGUGCUAAGGAAAUAAGUGAUAAUUUAAAUCAGUCUGUUGAAAAACUGAACGCAACACCUCCUGCCUCUCAUGCUUACAAAAUGGAUGAGGUUCAAAACCGCAUAAAGGAAAUUCUACACAAGCAUAACAAUGGUAUCUGGAUAUCUAAGCUUCCACAUUUUUACAAACAGCUAUAUAAAGAAGAACUUAAUCAGGGAAUUUUACAGCAGUUUGAACAUUGGCCUCAUAUUUGCACGGUGGAAAAACCUGGUGGUGGUGGUCAAGAUUUACUUCUUUAUCCAGCUAAGAGAAAGCAGCCUUUGAGAAAUGAAAAGGACGCUGAAAAAGUGCCUCCAUCCCAACUACCUCCUCCAAAGCAAAUACCGCCAUCAAAAGGGUGCCCAGCAAUUAUGCCAGAGGACUUCAAAGAAAAAGUUGCAGAGCUGCUGGUGAAGUACUCAAGUGGUCUUUGGGCCAGUGCACUCCCCAAAGCAUUUGAGGACACGUACAAAGUGAAAAUUCCCGAGAAUGCCUUAAAAAAUCUUGCCUUCCUUUCUGAUGUAUGCACCAUAGACUACAUUUCUGGAAAUCCCCAGAAGGCCAUUCUCUAUGCUAAACUUCCAUUGCCCACUGACAAACUCCUGAAGGAUGCAGGGCAUGCACGUGGUGAUUAUGACAUCAAGACUAUGGUUGAACAAGAAUAUCUUCAAAUAGAGGAAAACAUUGCCGAAUGUGCUAAUGCCUUUUUCGAGAAUGUAACAGUCCCUCCGUUAGUCAUUCCAACUGAGGCAUCCCCAUCUGUGUUGGUGGUUGAACUGAGCAACACAAAUGAAGUAGUUGUCAGGUAUGUGGGCAAAGACUAUUCUGCCGCUCAGGAAUUAAUGGAAGAUGAGAUGAAGGAGUAUUACAGUAAGAACCCAAAAGUCAUGCCCGUCCAGACUGUGCAUGUGGGGCAGUUGCUGGCUGUAAACGCUGAGGAGGAUGCUUGGCUUCGGGCACAGAUCAUCUCAACUGAAGAGAACAAGAUAAAGGUAUGCUACGUUGACUAUGGUUUUAGUGAAAAUGUUGAAAAGAGUAAAGCAUACAAAUUGAACCCGAAGUUCUGUUCACUCUCAUUCCAAGCUGCGAAGUGUAAGCUAGCAGGGUUGGAAGUUCUAAGUGAUGAUCCUGAUUUAGUGAAGGUGGUUGAGUCUUUAACUUGUGGGAAGAUCUUUGCAGUGGAAAUACUCGAAAAAGCUGAUAUUCCACUUGUUGUUCUGUAUGAUACCUCAGGAGAAGAUGAUAUAAAUAUCAAUGCCACCUGCUUAAAGGCCAUAUGUGACAAGUCACUAAAGGUUCACCUUCAGGUUGAUGCCAUGUACACAAAUGUCAGAGUGACUAAUAUUUGUUCUGAUGGCACACUCUACUGCCAGGUGCCAUGUAAAGGUCUGAACAAGCUCAAUGACCUUCUGCAUAAGAUCGAGGACUACUUCCAUUGUAAGCACAUGACCUCCGAGUACUUCAUUUCAGUGCCCUUCUGUGGGAAAAUCUGCCUCUUCCAGUGCAAAGGAAAAUGGUUACGAGUAGAGAUCACAAACAUUCAUAGCAGCCGGACUCUCGACGUUCAAUUCCUGGACACUGGUGCUGUGUCGUCUGUAAAAGUGUCUGAGCUCAGGGAAAUUCCUCCUCGAUUUCUUCAAGAAAUGAUUGUGAUACCACCUCAGGCUAUGAAGUGCUGUUUAGCAGAUCUUCCUCAGUCUAUUGGCAUGUGGACACCAGAUGCUGUGCUUUGGUUGAGAGAUUCUGUCUUGAAUUGCUCAGACUGUAGCAUUAAGGUUACAAAAGUGGAUGAAACCAGAGGAAUCACACAUGUUUAUUUAUUUACUCCUAAGAACUUUCCUGAUCCUCAUCGAAGUAUUAAUCGUCAGAUUACAAAUGCAGACUUAUGGAAGCACCAGAAAGAUGUGUUUUUGAGUGUCAUAUCUAACGAAAAUAGCUCUCCCAACAGCAAGAGUGGAAAUGCCCCCACUUUGGGCAGCACUGGAGAGAAUACCAGAAAGAGCCUUACAGAUGCCAUCAAAAAGUCUUUGGUGGACCACACCAGCGCGUUCUCCAUGGAGGAACUGCCACCUCCUGUUCAAUUGUCAAAGCCAGGGGAGCACAUGGAUGUGUACGUGCCGGUGGCCUGUCACCCAGGCUACUUUGUCAUCCAGCCGUGGCAAGAGAUACAUAAGUUGGAAGUUUUGAUGGAAGAAAUGAUUCUGUAUUACAGCGUGUCUGAAGAGCGCCACAUAGCAGUGGAAAAGGAUCAAGUGUAUGCGGCAAAAGUGGAAAAUAAGUGGCACAGGGUGCUUUUGAAAGGAAUUCUUACCAACGGGCUGGUAUCCGUGUAUGAGCUGGACUAUGGCAAGCAUGAAUUAGUCAACAUAAGGAAAGUACAGCCCCUGGUGGACAUGUUUCGAAAGCUGCCAUUCCAGGCAGUCACAGCUCAGCUUGCAGGAGUGAAAUGCAACCAGUGGUCUGAGGAGACUUCUAUGGUGUUUCGAAAUCAUGUGGAGAAGAAACCUCUGGUGGCACUGGUGCAGACAGUCAUUGAAAGUGCCAACCCAUGGGACCGGAAGGUAGUGGUCUACUUAGUGGACACCUCGCUGCCAGACACAGAUAUCUGGAUUCAUGAUUUUAUGUCAGAGUAUCUGGUAGAGCUUUCAAAAGUUAAUUAAUCACUGCUUCUGAGCCCUUGACAGCUAAUUCAGAUAUUUUAGCAAUAACAAAAUGUAGUAGGUUUAAAAAGGAAAUCUUACCUCUGCUAUAUAGCUCUGACUCCUAGGGGGAUUGAAAAGAAUAUGCUUAUGUUUGAUGAAAGAUAUUUAACAAGUUUUGUUUUAACAGAGUUGACUUUUCAAAGAAAAUUACACUUGAAUUAUUACUAUAAUAUUAGAAUAAAAUGUUUAUCAGUAUAAAAA